AUGGGCGGCCCCGGUGCCGCGGGAGAGUCCAAGCCCCUGAGGCGGCCGGACGUCCGGGCGUCUGUUGGUGGCCCCUCCGUGGGGACGGAGGCGGCCGCGUCCUCUGGGGUGGUGGCCGAGGGGGAGAGGGGGGUCGCGGGGGGAGGUGAGCGUCCAGGGGAGGCGCGGAAGUCCCAGCCCACCUGCGAGGCCAAAAGGCUUGGCCCGGAGGAGGCGACAGGGCAAGGCUUGGGCUGGACGGGGCGGCUGGCCUGGUGCGGGCGCCCUGGCCACGGGGCCAGGGAGAAGCCAUGGAGCUUGGGCCAAAAGGGGGUGCGUGCCGAAGCGCUGCCGAGGCCCCUGCCUGGCCACCGAGAGCCACCCGCCCGCCCUGCCAAUCCACCUGCCCCGCCGGCAGCGCCCUCAAAACGCCGUGCGCCUCCUCCCCUUCCACCGCCGCUCAACCUGGGGACCCGCUCCGGCCUCAGCACCUCAGCACGCCGGCCUCCCGCGCUCCGGGCUCCCGGCUGCCACCGGGCCUGGCCACCGGGGUCCUGGAGACGUGCAAAAGGUUGGCCAGCUGCGUUGGCCGGGAAUCGAACCCGGGUCAACUGCUUGGAAGGCAGCUAUGCUCACCACUAUACCACCAACGCUGCACAGCCCGGGCCGCCCCCAGACGCACGCCCAGGGUUCGGCCCCGGCGUCUGCACCCGCUCUGGUCACCGCCUCUGGUCACCGCCUCGGCGGCCCAGCGCGCCUCGGCCCUGCCCCGACGACCCGCCCAUCCACAGCGCCGCGCUGCCGCACGGGCCAGCAGCGGCCGCCCGCCGUCCCACCCGCGCCAGCCCCACGCGGCUGGGCGGCUCCGUGGGCCCGCCCGCCUGCCAGCCAACCGCCUCUGGGGGGCGCUGGCGCCGCCCGGCCGCUCCUGGUACCACCCCCCACCCCCCACCCCCCUUUUGCCGGCCGGGAAACCCCGUCCCCCGAGAUCCGCGUCCUUCCGACCACGUGCUCGCCCCCGGCGUUCUCCACAGGGUGCUGGGGGAGGCCACAUCCCGCGCCCACGGAGGACCCGACACAACCGAGGCCCCCCCCCCCGGUACCCCGCGCCCCGCCCCGCCCCGCCCCGCCGCGUCCCGUCAAGUCCCGUCCGGUCCCCUCCGUCCGGCCACGGCCCCCGCCCCCGCCCCAGCCGGACCGGGCAGCGUCGAAUCACCGGGGAGCCCGGGGCGGCCGGCCACUCGUCAGGCGCCCUGGGCACGACGGAAGGCCCUGGCUGGACUGUGGCGAGCCCGCAGGCGCGCGGCCCCGACGCCGAGGAACGCAAAAGGGUGGCGGUGGUGGACGGGGAGCAGGCGGGCGGCCGUCGUGGCCCUGGCGGCCUCUGGCCGCACGCUGGAGGAAGGAGGACAAGUGCGCCGGAGGGGCCAGCGUUCGCACAGAGCGGGGGCGGCGCCCGCGGCGCCCAAAAAAGGACGUCUGGCCUCCCCGUCGGGGAAUCGAACCCCGGUCUCCCGCGUGACAGGCGGGGAUACUCACCACUAUACUAACGAGGACGGCGGCGGCCAUCCGGCCGCCCGACCCCUCUGCGCCUGCCUGCCCACGCCUACCCCUGCCCUCGACGCCCCGCCUUCCAUCGGCGCCCGCCGCCUGCCGCACCGGACCCGACCCCAAACCAACGUCGUCCGCCAUCCCAGCAGCCCCACUGCCCGACUCGGGGCGGACCCCGCACCCGGACGCCCGCCCAAUACUCCCCGGGCGCCGCGGCCUCUGGCCUGCCAGGCGGGGAUCGCGCGGGGAGAAGCCGCCCCACAGGACAAGCGAGGCUGCGACCAGGAGGACGGGCGCCCACGAAGGGCAGAGGCCGAGGAGGGCGAGGGGGAGGAGCGGGGGGUGGGGUGGGGCGGGGAGCUGCCAGAGAGGCGGGCCCGACGCCGCCCUCUGGGUGCGCGGUCGGGGCUGUGCGAGGGCGGAGGCGCCAGGCGAGUCGGCGGGCUGUGCUCCCGCUCGGCGGCGGCGCGCGUCCCCUCGCUGGCGCACACACGCCGCCGCCAGCCUGCGGCAGCCUUGGCGCCGGGUCCCAGCCAGGCGAGCGGCGACGCGCUCAGCCCCGUCGUCAGGAUGGCCGAGCGGUCUAAGGCGCUGCGUUCAGGCUCGUGCCCGCAUGAACAGUGCCUCGCUCUCAGAGCCGUGCGCCUCCGCCACCGGGAGCAGCCGGUGGCCCGCGCCGCCCACGAGCCUUUUCCACCUGGACGCCUUCCCCUGGCCACACCUGCCUGCCUCCGGCCGCGGACCCAGGUGGCCCAGCCACCUGCUGGCGGGCCCACCACGCGGCCCUGCCGUCAGUGGGCCUGGCCCAGGAGUCCAACCCGGCAUUAUUGCUCCUCCCCCGAGCGCUGGGCGGAAGGAAGCCCUGCAUCCCCAGGCCUCCCACCUGGGCGCCCCAAGCCCGGCCCGCCCGGCCAGAACCCGAGGACCCCAGCGCGCUCCCUCAACGCGCUCCCUGUCCGCCAGCUAGCCAGCAGCGCCUCCGCCAGCGCUCCUGCCUCUCCACCACCGGCCCGAGUUGGACCCCCAGGGAGAGCUCCCGGCCAGAGCUCAGACACCUCGCUUCGCUCUCCUGGCCUCAGCGGUACUCGGCGGCGCCCGCGGCGCUCGGGGGCCUCCAUGUCCUAUGCACGACACGCGUGCGGCGCGCACGAGCCCCCGCAGACACCCACCCCACCACCCACACACCCCCACCCACACUCCCGCCACUCCACGGCACCCCACGUGCGCACACACGGCCGCGGCUCCGUUCCCCAGCCCCGCGGGAUCGCGCCCACACGGCCCGGGCGGGAAAGCCAUCCGCCAAUGGGCCUUUGGGGUGGGCGGAGAGUAGCUGCCCAAGGGAACGGCGGCGCUCAGCGGCACCUGCCCCAGACGAUCGCCCGCGGUGGGUGGUGUUGGGGCUCUGGCCCGGCUUCCUCCGGCUCCUGGCUUCCGCGGGCGACCCCGGCAGGGCAGCGUCUGGCGGCGGCCCUGGACCAGGGAGAAAACGCAGGAGGAGCCUAG